AUGUCUAAGCUUGAUGAUGUCAAGCACAAAGUGGAAUCUCUCAGCACGUUCCUGGGAUUCGCAACAGGAGGAGAUGAUGUUGAGUUAGAAAGGGACGGCUUAUUGUACCAGGGCUUGCCUACUGAAGACCACCGCGAUGAUCACAACGGGCACGGGCAUAGUCACGCGCACGGCGGCGGGCACAAUGAGACUGAUAUGCAUACCCCUGACACGCUAGAAAACGAUGAAGACGACGGACACAAUCCCUCCGUUGCUAUGGACGUGGACAUUGUCAUGGCGUGUCAACGUGGCCUGCUACAACGCGUGGCCCACCUAGUCGAGACCGAAGGCGUGGAUAUCAACACGCCCGACCAGGAGGAUGUGACUGUGUUACACUGGGCCGCUAUUAACAACCGCCUGGCUGUGGUGAAGUAUCUGUUGCUGAAGGGCGCCAUUGUGGAUGCGUUGGGGGGGCAUCUGCAAAGUACCGCACUUCAUUGGGCCGUGCGGCAGGGUCAUUUGGAGAUGUGUGUGAUGCUGAUGAGCCAGGGGGCCGAUCCAAGCAUCCGAGACAACCAGGGCUACAACGCUCUGUUACUGGCCGCACAGUUUGGCCACAGCUCACUGUGUGCGUAUUUGGUCGCGAAAGGCGUAGACAUCCACUCCACCGACCCCGACGGUCGAACGUCGCUGAUGUGGGCUGCGUAUAGAGUGUUCACGGCCGAUACAAUACGCACACUGCUGGCGCUCAAGGCAGAUAUUGAUAGACAGGACAAUACUCGCAAUACAGCGCUGCACUGGGCGUGCUUUAACGGCAACAGCGCCACUGUGCGUGAAUUGGUGAACUCGGGGGCGCGUGUUGACCUGCGCAAUGACAAGAACCAGACACCCCUGGAACUUUGUGUGGGGAGGGGGAACGACCUGAUGGCUAGGUUUCUGCGAACUUCGUCCGGGAUAGACAGUCGGCCCUGGUUACAAAAACUGUUGCAGAACAAGCGGUUGAGAACGCGUGUGCUGUGGUCCGUUCCGCUGAUCUUCCUGGUCAUGUUCGGGUGGUGCACACAUACGUUUGCGAUGCCGUAUACGUUGAUUGCACUCGCGUGCGUGUGGGCCUUCUGUGGCAUGCUGAUCAAAACGUUCUGGAUCGCAGACGGUGGCAAGAACCCGUUUACCUUGGCUCUUUUCGUGCACUCGGCUUUGAUACUAGGAGUGGUGGGCUUGGUAUUGUUGUGGCCAGCCAACUCUGAGCGUAUAGUGGUGAGUUUAACGUUCUUUGGCACAUUCGCGCUGAUGGUACAGAACUUUUACAAGGCUUGGAAGACAGACCCUGGGUUCAUCAAGACCACGCCCGAGAAGCAACGGAGAACGAUCAUUGAGAUGGUGGAGAAAAACGCCAUGGACGGUGGGCGCUUCUGCCACACGUGUCUGCUAAAGAAGCCAUUGCGGUCCAAGCACUGCUCCAUGUGUGGCAAGUGCGUGGCUAAGUUUGACCACCACUGCCCCUUUGUCGGCAACUGCAUAGGGUCUCAGAACCACGUGUACUUCAUGCACUACCUACUGUUUCUCUCUAUCACGGGGUCCUGCUUUAUCGACAUGGCUCUGCACUACCUCCGUACCAUGGUGGAACAGGUUGACGGCUACUUAAACCAAUUCCUGACCUACGUCGAGCAUGAGCCCGUUGCAACGGGGUCCAUGAUGUAUGCAGGACUACAAAUCUCCUGGGUAGUGGCUCUGUACCUCUCGCAAACGUACCAAGUGGGUGCCAAUUUGACCACCAACGAACGUGUGCUAUGGCGCAGGCUGCCAUACUUACGGAACGAAAGGGGCAAGUACAGCAACGCCUUCAGUCGCGGAGUCUUUCUGAACUUUGUCGACUUUUACAACGGCAUGCAUUUCUGGAGAAAACAGGUUCAACAUGCCGACUGGACUACCAUCACCGAGGUUCAUGAGAGCGCAGAAAUGGGCGAAUUUGAAAUGGCGUAG